CGUCAUGACACGGAAGUGGAUUGGAAAAGAACUGCUUUUCUUUCCACAUGUUAGUUUUGUCUCUUUCACACGAGUGUUUGUCAACAAAUGUCUUCACCGGAGGAUUUAGUCAAGCAGUGGCAAAGCGAGCAGGACCGUCUCAGACAGGAAGUGGUGGAGGAGGACACACAAGCCUGGCAGAAGAACCCGGACUUCUCAGGCCUGGAGCGGGUUGGUGGACUGGACCUCUCUUUCAUCAAAGGUGACGACAUCAACGCCUGUGCCCAGCUUGUGGUGCUCGGCUACCCAGAUCUGGAGGUGCUGUACGAAGACACUCAGAUGGUGACCCUGACAGCACCGUACAUCGCGGGCUUCCUGGCCUUCCGGGAAACACCUUUCGUCUUGGACGCGCUGCAGCGGCUAGAAAGGGACAAACCCGCUCUUCUGCCUCAGGUGGUGUUUGUGGACGGCAAUGGUCUCCUUCACUACAGAGAAUUCGGACUGGCAUGCCAUUUGGGGGUGAAGUCAGGGCUACCGUGUGUGGGCGUUGCUAAGAACCUGCUCCAGGUCCAGGGUAUAUACAAAAGUGAGGAACACCAGUCUCAGAUCGCUGCUCUGCAGAAAGGAGGAGACAGCUUUCCACUCAUUGCAACCUCAGGGAAAGUGCUCGGAAAGGCACUGCGUAGUUCGGACAAGAGCAGAAAGCCGGUAUACGUGUCAGUCGGCCAUAAGAUCAGUCUGGACACGGCUGUGCGCCUCACACACGCCUGUUGUCGCUUCCGAGUCCCAGAGCCAAUCAGACAGGCCGACUGUCGCUCCAGAGAAUUCCUUCGCUCUCACUUCCCCGCUGCACAAACAGGACACCCCGAACAAGGGUUGCAGCUUGCUCCGGGGUCGUUCUCCCGGGAUGCAGAACGGACAACUACGGACGAAAGCUUUAAGAGCCCAUGUUGGAGUCACCCAAGGAUGCCAGUUUAGUAGACGGCGAAGGACCAGAAGGGAGCUGAGCUCAGCAUUUAAAAAACGGAACUGGAUGAUGCUGCAAAAGAACUCUGAAACUUUUAAAGAUCAGCAACUUGAGGUGUGUGUGUGUGUGUUUUUAUGUCCUGGUGGGGACCAGGACCUGAGAUAUUGUUCAUAUCACUCUGCAGUUUUCCCUGUAGAAAGCAGGCUUAGGUCCAUGUGUGUAUGUGUGUGUGUGUGUGUGUGUGUGUGUGUGUGUGUGUGUGUGUGUGUGUGUGUGUGUGUGUGUGUGUGUGUGUGUGUGUGUGUGUGUGUGUGUGUGUGUGUGUGUGUGUGUGUGUGUUCUCAUCUGAGCAAAUAUAGUCUUAAGUGUAACUUUAUGCACUCAUCCUACAUUCUGAGUGCAUGUGGGUCAGACCGACUCUUUUUAUAAACUGUUCUCAUUACCUUUUUGGGUCAGUCAGACUUUUCUACAGACCGCCUUUUAUUUGAAUAAAAAAUGUCCCUGAUA